CUGUGUCUUUGCCCCACUUGUCAUUUUUUCAAGACAUAUUUAACGACGCUGCAAAAGUUUUUAUUCCACAACAAUUGCCAAAUUUUCUAAGUGCUUUUUGCGACGAUUGGCGGACAAAAAGGUGCUAAAUAGGCGCCUGGAGCUGUGAGUGGUCGACUACCGUCAUUGCCCCGGAGUAUUUAGCACUCUUUUUUGCGGCAAGAAUUUAGCAACAGGUUGUCAAGGACUUCUGGGACAUCUUCUGGGAUGAGUUGUGCGGCUCCGCGAUGUCCACCGCGCUGUGGACCCUCCGGUGGUGGCUGUGGAUCCUGCUGUAGGCCCUGCGGCGGUGGUGGCUGCUGCGGAUCAGGUGGUACCUGCUGCGGCAGCGGUUACUGCCGAUCUGGUGGGUCCUGCGGCGGGUCCUGUGGGGGGUCCUGCGGCGGAUGCUGUGGCUGUGGGCCCUGUGCCGUCGUCUCGUACCGCCUGAGCUGCGGCCCCGUGGGACCCGUUCUGCCCUGCAUGAAAUGCAGCUGCACCUGCAACUGCGGAUGCUGCGGCAGCGGCUGUGCCCCGCCCUUCUAUUUUGUGCCCAACAACUGCCGCAAUUGCUGGGAGUGGGGUUGUUUCGGGCCCCUUUACUAGUAUACCCUGUAGUAUCUAUCCUGUUGUUGCACUUUUGAUGGAACUUUUCAUAGUUUUGAAUGCAAUAAAUUCACGUGUCAGCCAGA